AUGUAUUUGUACGUCUGCCUGCCGCCCGGGGAGGGCGUCUGGCCUCGGCUGCAGACCCUCACCUACACCUACCUGCCCGCCCCUCUGCUGCUGCCACCUAUCCAGACCCACAACUUCUGCAGCCGGCCGGUGGGCCUGACCACGGCCCCGCGAGAACUCCACUGCUUCCAUGGUGCGGGCGCGGCCCUGGCCUCCUCCACGCCGCCCUGGUGGGCCUUCCCACCGCCGGGAGCCGCAGCCCCCGGCUCGUCGUUCCCCGCCUCCGCCGUGUCCGCGCCAUCCCAGCCCGGGCGCGACGCUACGUGGCCCGAGGGCAGCAGCCUGGAGCUGCAGCUGCGCUGGGGCCGCGUGGAGCGCAUGCGGGGUCCGUCCCUGCCGCUGCCGGACGCCGUGCGCCGCGACUUGCGGCGCGUCUACGGCACCUACCCACGCACCGACGUGCGCGUCACCCAGCGCGGCGGCCAGUUCUUGGUGCGGGCUGUGCCGCGCGUGGGCGAGCCCGAAUACAAGGUGGCCCGGCGCGUAGUGCGCAAGCCAGCCAGUGGCGACGAUGGGGACAGCGGGGACGGCCCGGCCGCUUCGGAGGCGGUGCAGCGUGGCCGCCUCAAGAAAAAGCAAGGACCAAGAUGAGCUUCUCAGCGCGUCUGUCGGUCCCCGCUCACAGUCCCUGCUUUUGAUUUCCCUGGAGUUAUUGCUGGACCGUGCAGGGAGAGAAAGGUGUUCGGUCCAUAGGGUCUUGAGUGCAAGCAGCAUCUCUCUCCCUUCUUAGCCCUCCGUGUGGGUCCCACUCGCCUUUCUCUCUCCCGUGCACCACAACACCCCUCUUUACAAAGCCGAGGGAGCCAAGCAGUUCCCAGCUUGGAAAAGGAAGUAAAUAAAUGAGCGAAGUCCAGCAUCCACUACAAGAUAAAGAAGUGGGCAUUUUGCCAUCUGUGUGAUGAAAGUCUUUACUCUGUGUGUAGCCAGCCCCCUGGGCCUGCUCUUAAGCAGCAACUCCACAGUACGCAGUGGCCAGUCUUCUAGAAUUGCCUGUCUGGACUUACGAUCCAAACAUCUUCUGAAGGCCUAGGGUAGUUCUGGAGUGUGGGGAACUUGGCCUGUGAGCUAGGUUUAGAGCUGGUUCUGACAUUUUUCUAGCCAUGUGUCCUUAACCUCUCAGAACCCCUUAGCUAUCACAUUUGUAAAACAUAUAAAGUUA